UCGCCUGCCCCUCUUUAGCCACCCAGCCCUAGAGUCACCGCCGCCCACCGCCCGUCGCCGUUGAGCCGCCGCCGUCCGUUGCUGUCGAGCCACUGCCGCUCGUUUCCUAGUGCCUCAUCUCUCAGGAGUUUCUAUGUUUGCCCUGAUCUCUGUAUGGCUGUAGAGGUGGCUUAUAUAUAUAUGCUUAUGUAUCUUAGCUGGACUCUGAAAUUCUUUGGAUUUAGAACCGAAGGUCGACUUGAUGGAUCUUGAUCCUUAACUAUAUGUGGAGAGUCAGAACUCAAAUCAUAUGCCUCUCAAGUGAUUGAUGGUACAUUUGACAUGAACGAGAAUGAGAUCUUGAGCGAUGUCUUAACUUCAAGAAUUUGAACGACAAAGAAUAGUUGAGGUCUACUACAUCAACUCAGUUUGGUUUUAAUGCCUUGCUGUCACUAGCAUUACGUUUUAAACAUGAUAUGGGGACGGUCCUGUAAAUUUUACCUCUCGCUGAAAUUCAAGAGAUCGGUGACUACUUGUACUGUGCCAAUUGAUGCUCCAACUACUUUGAGUUCCACUUGUGCUAGUGAGCAUAAGACUUUAUGCUAUUCCUUAGUAGAGCAGCUAAUUGGUCGGGGCUUGUUUUCGUCGGCGCAACAGGUGAUACAGCGAAUCAUAAGGCAAUCUUCUUCAGUUUGUGAAGCUAUUUCUAUUGUUGAUUUCGCUUCUGAACGGGGUUUGGAGCUUGAUUUGGCCAGCCAUGGUGUGCUUUUCCGGAAGCUUGUCUAUUCUUCUAGGCCCCAGUUGGCUGAAGAGCUGUUUUAUAACAAAAUUAUAAGCGGAGGUGCGUAUCCAGAUCCUUUGGUUUUGGAUUAUAUGGUCAUCUGUUUUUGUAGGCUAGAAAAAUUUGAGGAGGCACUGGCCCAUUUUGAUCAGCUCAUUUCAUUAAACUAUAUCCCAAGUAAAGCUUCAUUUAAUGCUAUUUUUCGGGAGCUUUGUGCACAAGGAAGGGUUUUAGAGGCAUUCAACUAUUUUGUGCGAGUGAAUGGAGCUGGUGUUUACUUGGGGUAUUGGUGUUUCAAUGUCUUGAUAGAUGGGUUAUGCUAUAAGGAGUAUAUGGGGGAAGCUCUUCAAUUGUUUGAUAUUAUGCAAAUCACGAAUAGGUAUCCUCCGACACUGCAUUUGUUUAAGUCACUGUUCUAUGGUCUUUGUAAGAGGGGGUGGUUGGUGGAGGCAGAGUUGUUGAUCAGAGAAAUGGAGUUCCAGGGUCUAUAUCCAGACAAGACGAUGUAUACUUCUUUGAUUCACGAAUAUUGCAAAGAAAAGAAAAUGAAAAUGGCAAUGCAAGCCUUUUUUAGAAUGAUAAAAAUAGGUUGUAAGCCAGACAAUUAUACAUUAAAUACAUUGAUCCAUGGAUUUGUUAAGCUGGGUUUAGUUGACAAGGGUUGGUUGGUGUAUAACCUGAUGGAAGAGUGGGGAGUCCAACCUGAUGUUGUAACUUUUCACAUCAUGAUAAAUAAAUAUUGUCAAGAAGGGAAAGUUGACUCUGCAUUAGCAAUUUUUAAUAAUAUGGUCAGCUGCAACUUAUCACCUAGCUUGCAUUGUUAUACAGUUUUGAUCAAUGCACUUCACAGGGAUAAUAGGUUAGAAGAAGUGGAUGUAUUUUCUAGGAGUAUGUUGGACAGCGGAAUCGUACCUGAUCAUGUGCUGUUCUUUACCCUUAUGAAGAUGUAUCCAAAGGGACAUGAACUUCAACUUGCUUUAACAAUUUUAGAGGCAAUUGUAAAGAAUGGGUGUGGGUUUGAUCCUUCUAUAAUCUCAUCCUGUAAGAAGUUGCAAUCAUCGAGCAAUUUGGAGAAAAAAAUUGAAAUGCUGCUGCAAGAAAUUUUCGAUAGCAACUUGAAUCUAGCAGGUGUGGCAUUUAGUAUUGUCAUUAGUGCUUUAUGUGAGAUAGAAAAAUUGGAUUGUGCUUUGGAUUACCUGCAUAAAAUGGUUAGUCUUGGAUGUAAGCCUUUACUCUUUACUUACAAUUCUUUAAUUAAGUGUCUUUGCAAGGAGGGGCUUUUCAAGGAUGCCAUGUCUCUAAUUGACCUUAUGCAGGAUUGUGGUUUGCUUCCCGACACUGCAACAUAUUUGAUUAUUAUAAGUGAACACUGUAGGCAGGGUAAUGUAAAAGCAGCAUAUUAUACUCUGGAAAGGAUGAGUGAGAGGGGGUUGAAACCAAGUGUUGCUAUUUAUGAUUCAAUCAUUGGUUGUUUAAGUAGGAAAAGUAAAAUUUUUGAAGCAGAAGGUGUUUUUCAGAUGAUGCUUGAGGCUGGUGUGGAUCCUGAUAAGAAUUUGUAUUUGACUAUGAUCAAUGGAUAUGGUAAAAAUGGAAGGCUUCUUGAAGCCCGUGAAUUGUUUGAGAAAAUGGUUGAGAAUUCUAUUCCACCAAGCUCUCAUAUUUAUACAGCACUAAUCAGUGGCUUGGUUAAGAAAAAUAUGACUGAUCAAGGAUGUUUAUAUCUAGGAAGGAUGUCAAGAGAUGGGUUUUCACCUAAUGUUGUAUUGUAUACUUCUCUUAUCCAUCAUUUCCUGAAGAUGGGGGAGGUUGAAUAUGCUUUUCGACUAGUUGAUCUGAUGGAAAGAAGCCAGAUUGAACCUGAUGUUAUCUUCUAUAUCACCUUGGUUAGUGGUGUUUGCAAAAAUUUAAUUGUCAACAAAAAGAGAUGGUGCAUGCUAAGGGAAGAGAAUCAGAUGGCAAAAAGUAUGUUGUUCCAUUUGCUCCAUGAAACAACUCUUGUUUCAAGGGAUAGUAAUGAAAUAGUCUCUGCAAAUUCUAUUGAGAAAAUGAAAUUCUUGGCAUUGAGACUUCUCCAGAAGGUUAAAGAUGUAAGCCUUGUGCCUAACUUGCAUCUGUACAACAGUAUAAUAUGUGGGUAUUGUAGGAUGGAUAGGAUGCUGGAUGCCAAUCAUCACCUGGAAUUGAUGAAAAAUGAAGGGUUGUGUCCAAACCAGGUUACUUUCACGAUUCUUAUGGAUGGGCAUAUUCAUGCAGGUGAUGUUAACUCUGCCAUUGGGUUGUUUAAUAAGAUGAAUGCAGAUGGGUGUAUUCCAGAUAGAAUUGCAUAUAACACUUUACUAAAUGGCCUUUUGCAAGGAAGGAGAGUACCUGAUGCAUUGUCCCUCUCAUAUUCAAUGCUUAAAAGAGGGUUUUCCCCAAGUAAACUAGCUUACCAUAACAUACUAAAAUAUUCUUGAGCAUGUGAUUCAAGUGGCCGUGCCUUCAAAUUUUGUGAAGCAUUGAUAUAUGAUAAUCUUUCACCUCAUUGGUAAAGAUGCAAAUCAGCUGCCCACAUCCUGUGUGAAGAAAAUAAUUGUAUGCAGCUUCUUGUUUUGCCUUUAAUUUAAAGGUUGAGAGGGGCAAGCAUCAGGACACUAAACAAAGAGGCUUUUGGCAGAGUCAUGGUUUUAUGAAGAGAUGAAAUUAGAUUGCUCGUCCUGGUAUACAUGCAUAUCAAGACAGACUCAUGCAGGGAACAGUCAUUGAAGUGGAGAUGUUUGGUCAUAGUUUCUCGACUUAAGCGUGAUCCUUAUCUGCAUCCCUUUCCCAUGGAAAUCUUGAAAUUUUCAGUGUUUAUGAUGAAAAGGAAGAAUGAAGUAUUUAUAUUUUGGUUCAAAAAGUAACUCAAGUGCUCUGCAUCUCCAGGAGACAAAUAAACUUACAAGAAGGAGCAUAUACACUUCUGCAACCUUGAAGUUAAGGUAUGGGACAACACUAUAUAGCAGACAUAUAAGAUCAUGCAGCUGGAGUUGUUAGAAGAAGCGCAAGUAACUUUGGAAGGUCUAUCGUGAUGCCAAAUUUAAAGCCACCCAUCACUACAACAGCCGCUGGAGUUGCUUAUCGAGAUUAUUUCUCGAAACCAGUGUCAUCUAGUAGCAACUUCAUUCCUCUUAUUACCCUUUAUUUGACAGAUACAAUGAGCCCUAACAAGAUCAAGCUCGCAAGUAAGUCUUGGCUUGUAACAUGAAAUGAAUUAGGGGAGGAAAUUUGCUAUUAACUUUUUACUAUUUUUUUUGUAUAGUUGUAUCUAACAUCAUAUUUAGUUAUUCUUUGAGGUUGUGUUCUAUUAGUUUAACAUGAUGCUUUCACAGGAAGAAGUGGGGCUGUUUAUGUUGUACAAUUGUAUCCUGUUGGUAUAAGAUCGUGUUGUGAUUUAUUAUCGAACCGAUUUGUCUGUUGCACUCACACUGCAAAAAUAUUGCCAUCGAAAGGACUAUGAUGGAUCAUUUACGUCAUUGUCAUCACUUUCUAGCGAUGUAAGAAUAAUGUGAAAAAACGAUAGUCCUCGACACUGUUGGAUAACGAUGAACGAUGAUGACUAUUUCUUCAAACCUAUAAAUCCAUUUGUGCUAAUGUUACUGAA